UUGUUCCGUUAAAUUUAGGGAACAGAGGAGCAUUUGCUGAAGAUUUCAUGAGUCUGGUCAGGACACCUGCCGGCGUGUGACGCACAGUGUGGAAAGGCUUUUAUUUUGUUAACUUUGAGCUUUUUAGGGGUUCAUUUGAAGCUUCGUGAACGCGCUGCGCGUUGCUUCUUUGCUUCCACGAUGCAGGGCAGAGCUUCUCUCUCUGGAGCCAAGAUCUGAUCUGAGUCCUGCUGGCUGUGUAAAACCACUGAACCCUGCGGCUGCCUGAAAACCGUCUCUACCUAGCGGGGGCGCGCACACCUGCCCGCUGUCAUAGCCGGGGCAGAUCGUCAAAACAAACCCGGGACACAUAAUCACCACGUGCCCUGAAACGCCGCGCAGUUCGAGAGCAGCGCGGUUCUCCUCUGACGGACAGUUCCUGGUAGCACCUGUGUGACCGGCGAACAAGCCGCGGUGGCCUCCUCGCUUCCAGCCGAACAUCUCCUGCUUCCCCGCUGCGGUUCGGUUCGGUUCGGUUCGGACCUCCUCCCCGCUGCAGCUGCCCGGAGCCGCGGCUGUGGACUCUUCUCUCCCGCGGGGAAACGCGCCGCGGGAUCAGUUCGGGCACCGGGAGACUCCGGCAGGGAGACGCCGUGGGGAGCAUGCCUGCGGCGGAUAGGUGCCAGCUCCGUGUCCCCGUGUGGAGCGCGGGGUUAUCCCGAUGCCUGCUGAACUUGUUGCUGCUGUAGGAAAUACACAGUGUGUGCAGGGAAAACACUCCCGACCCAGCGAGGAGAGAACAGGCGGAGGAACCGGAUCUUAACGGUUCUCCGUCCGAGAACUGACGCUUUACAGGAGUUUCUCUGUCUGUGGAGGCGAGUUUGUUUGGCGUUUGCUGCUGCGACGCGCUCCAACAAACAAUAACCGACUUCCGAGGAGGACAGACUGAUCACGUGUGGAUUUGUUUGCUUGACGCCGAUUCCCGAGCCUUCUCUUCGUGGCUUUACGCAUCGGUUUCGUGCGUAAAAUUCCCUUGUUCCCGGAGAAACUUGGUCGAUUAGUUCCAGCUGUUGCCCGGCUCUGCGUCUUCUUUCCCCGGAUGUCCUCUCGUUGCUCCGCUGCUCCUUGAACCCACUCUACCGAGCCACCGCAGAGCUCCAGAGGCAGCAUGGCAGCGGGAGUCGCGGCGUGGCUGCCGUUCGCCAGGGCGGCGGCCAUCGGGUGGAUGCCGGUGGCCAGCGCGCCCAUGCCGGUGCCCCCGAAGGACAAGCGCCGCGGGCACGACGGGCUGAUCGUGCUGAACGUGAGCGGCACAAAGUUCCAGACCUGGCGGGACACGCUGGAGCGGUACCCGGAGACCCUGUUGGGCAGCUCGGAGCGGGACUUCUUCUUCCAGGAGGAGAGCAACGAGUACUUCUUCGACCGCGACCCGGACAUCUUCCGCCACAUCCUCAACUUCUACCGCACCGGGAAGCUGCACUACGCGCGGCAGGAGUGCAUCUCCGCGUACGACGAGGAGCUGGCGUUCUUCGGCAUCAUCCCGGAGAUCAUCGGGGACUGCUGCUACGAGGACUACAAGGACCGGCGGCGGGAGAACCAGGAGCGCAUCCAGGACGACGAGGAGACCGACCCGACCAACGAGCUGGUCUUCCCGGACAUGAGCUUCCGAGAGUCCAUGUGGCGGGCCUUCGAGAACCCGCACACCUCCACCAUGGCGCUGGUCUUCUACUACGUCACCGGCUUCUUCAUCGCGGUGUCGGUGCUCGCCAACGUGGUGGAGACGGUUCCGUGCGGCGCCGCGCCGAACCGCGUCAAGGAGAUGUCGUGCGGCGAGCGGUACGCGCUGGCCUUCUUCUGCCUGGACACCGCGUGCGUCAUGAUCUUCACGGUGGAGUACCUGCUGCGCCUGGUCGCCGCGCCGAGCCGCUACAAGUUCGUCAAGAGCGUGAUGAGCAUCAUCGACGUGGUGGCCAUCAUGCCCUACUACAUCGGCCUCGUCAUGACCGACAACGAGGACGUGAGCGGCGCCUUCGUGACCCUGCGCGUCUUCAGGGUCUUUCGGAUUUUCAAAUUCUCGCGGCACUCUGCGGGACUUCGCAUCCUGGGCUACACGCUGAAGAGCUGCGCGUCGGAGCUCGGCUUCCUGCUCUUCUCCCUCACCAUGGCCAUCAUCAUCUUCGCCACCGUCAUGUUCUACGCGGAGAAAGGGUCCAGCGGGAGCAAGUUCACCAGCAUCCCGGCCGCCUUCUGGUACACCAUCGUCACCAUGACAACGCUGGGAUAUGGCGACAUGGUCCCCAAGACCAUCAUGGGGAAGAUCUUCGGCUCCAUCUGCUCUCUGAGCGGCGUGUUGGUCAUCGCCCUGCCGGUUCCCGUCAUCGUCUCCAACUUCAGCCGGAUCUACCACCAGAGCCAGAGAGCGGAGAAGAGACGAGCGCAGAAGGCGUCCAAGGAAGCAGGACAGGCGCUGGUGUGUAAUACCAACCCCAACUUUGAUGUGCAGCAUCAUCACCUCCUGCACUGUCUGGAGAAAACCACAAACCACGAGUUCGUAGACGAGAAGACGUAUGAGGGGAGCUGCAGGGAGGUGACUCUGGUGAAGCAGGUUUCUCGUUCUUCAUCCAUCUCCUCCUCCUCACCUCACGGCCUCACCUCCUGCUGCGCCCGCAGGAAGAGGAAGACUUUCACCGUCCCAAACUCCAACAUGUCUGUGGGUCUGCAAGGCAGUGUCCAGGAGCUGAGCACCAUUCAGAUCAGAGAGAGACCACUCAUCAACAGUCGUUCCAGUCGAUCCAGUCUGAAUGCCAAAUUUGAGGAGACGGUUCCACUGAACUGCAACCAGCCGUACAUCACCGCUGCCAUCAUCAGCAUGCCCACGCCACCUGGCACCACGCCCGAAGGCGACGAAUCAACCAGCUCCACCGACUACUCCCAGGCCAACAUCGUCCGGGUGUCAGCACUCUAGAUAAUAUCGCCCCCCUCCAACACGGAAACACAGCCUAACCCGGCAGGAGGACGACGGGGGUUCAGGGUCGAGGGUCGACAGCCCCGGCACCACAACAGACUCAGACGGCAGGGUUGGGUAGCUGCACCAUGUGUCUACGCUGGAAGUGACGGGUUAGCUCAAAUGAUUUUCGGCUCCGCCUCUCGUGGAGGAAAACAUCGAUCUGAACGCAGCAAAAUGCAGCCAACCCCGCCUUGGAUUGUAACAUUUUCUGCGUUUUCUUUUAGGAAGGAUUUUUACUCCAGCAGUGAAACAUCGAAGAAGAGAAAAUGAUAGCGCUUCGGCUGAUAACUAAUCUCUUUCUGAGAUAAAUUUAAACCGUUGUCGUUGCUAUUUUUCCAAUCCUGUAUGUCUUCAAAUUUUAUGUUGUAAAACACAAAGAAAGCUGAUGCUAACGUAGAUUUGUUUAUUUUGAAUGCAGCGUAAAGGAGACGUCUGACAUUUUAGGAACUACACUGUUAACGAUCUUACCAGAGUCAAUUUUCGAUAUCUUUUUCGCCUAGCAUAGCACAGAGACUGGAUGCAGGGGGAAACUGCUAGCCAAGCUCCAGCGAAAGUGAAAAAAAUUCAAUCUUUCAGCAGCUCCAAAGCUCUUUGAUUUACAUGUCGUAUCUCAGAAUCAGAAUGAAAAAAAACUUUAUUGAUCCCAAUCAGUUAGGAAAGAAGGAAGUAAAGAGCAUAAAAGUGAAAACAACUACUAUAAAACAGUUAUGAUAAUAAAUACACAGUAAGUGAAUAGAAAAAUGUACAAAUGCAAAUGUGCAAAAAGUAAAGUGUACAGUGUUCUGUGAUUGAUGUCCCUGCAGAUCAUGAAGAAGCCCUGGGGGGCAGAGUCUGCCAUCUCGCAGCCAUAGAACUGAUUACGUCCAACAAGUGAGAACCCGUGAACAUUUAGUACGGACGUAGCCCCACGGCUAACAGUUUGAUACCUGGGACGCAGGAACGACUUGGCAUCAAAGAAUCAUCCAGUAGUUAGUGUGCCUCCAAAUGACCUCUGCUAAACCAUGUUCUUGUCAAAGACAAAAUUACAAUUUUCUCUCUCCAUGGUGUCCUAUGAUUCUUUUAUCUGUUGAAGGAGUUGGGCUAACGGGCUUCCAGAGCUAAAUGUUCCCAAAACCACAAUGUCUCAUUUUCUACUUCCAAUUGUGUGAUAUAAACAAGACACAAUAUUUAAAGUAAGAUG